AUGGUCUACACGCUUGUUGUUCACCUGCACUCCAAGGAGGGAAAGGAUAUCGAGGAGAAGAUUCACAACAAGCUCGUGGAGGCUUCGCAGACUUACAUGAAGGACGCCGAGGUCAUCGGAUGGCAUGUCAUGCAGGACCACGUUGAUACUCGCAAGUGGACCAUCGUGGAGCGUUACGAGCGCGAGAGCAGCCUGAAGAUCCACCAGGCGAACCCGUAUUACGCCGAGUUCGGGGCCUACAUGGGACCACUCCUUGAUCAGCCGCUGGAGAUCUACCAGUUCAACGAGCUCGACACGAGCAAGCCCGUGCACGUUGAGUAA